AUGAGCAGCAGCCAAGACAACACCGCCCACCCGACACCAUGGCAGAGAAGCACGGGCAUCAGCGUCUUCAAACGCAAGACCUACCCGCCCAAAGAUGAAAAGGCCAGCAACCCCGAGCAAGAGCAAGAGAACGUCGAACGCGGAGAGGGAGGCGACGCACCGCCCCAACUCGAGCCCGUCCGCACAUCCUCCUCCCGCUACAGCAUCGCUCACGACGGCGAGAGCGGACGCAAGUGGUUCCACCCCCUUCACUUCUUCCGCAUCUGCUGGACCAGCUCGAGCCAUGUGUCGCAAUGGACCAACCUGCUCUGGCCCUUUACCAUCGCCGCGCUCGUGCUCUACUUCAACUACAAGAACCAUCCUACCUGGAUCUUUGUCACGGCCUACAUUGGCAUGGUGCCGCCGGCGAAUCUGCUUGGAUUCGCUGGUCAGCAGUUGGCGAGAAAGAUUCCAAAGGUCAUUGGAGUGAUUCUGGAAACGACGCUGGGCAGUCUGGUCGAGAUUAUCCUGUUCAUGGUGCUCAUCAGCCAUGGGGACAAGAAUAUACCUGUCAUCCAGGCGGCGAUUUUGGGAUCGAUUCUGGGCAACAUGCUGCUCUGCCUCGGAGUCUGCUUCUUUGUUGGCGGCAUCUUUCACCCUCAACAGGUCUUCCACGAAGCAAUCAGCGAAGUGGGUAGUAAUCUUAUGCUCGUCGCUGGCAUGGGCCUGAUCAUCCCGUCCGUCUACUUCAACGCUCUGUCCAACAAUGCUCGCGACCCCAUCGAGAUCGCCGACAUCGACUACCGAAUCUCCCUCACCCAACUCAUCCACAACACGCGACAAAUCUCCUACGCCGCCGCCGUGAUCCUCAUUGUAGCCUUUCUGAUGUACGUCUGGUUUCAGAGUAGAUCUCACCACGGCUUGUACGAAGACAUUCUGGAAGCCGACGAGGAGCGGGAUCACGACCGGCACCGCGACCUAGCAAGGCCUAAGCUCACCUUGACCGAGUCGCUGGCGGCCGUGGCCAUUGCCAUCAUGUUCGUCGCCUUCAUGGCCGUCAUCCUCGUCUCCGAAAUCGAAUACGUGGUCAAAGAGCGCGGCGUCAGCGACCACUUCAUGGGCCUCAUCCUCGUGCCCAUUGUCGAGAAAGCCAGCGAGCACCUGACCGCCAUGGACGAAGCCUACGACAACCAAAUGAACUUUGCCCUCGCGCACGUCCUCGGCGCCAGCAUCCAGACCGCCCUGCUCAACACGCCGCUCGUCGUCUUCGUCGGCUGGGGCCUCGGCACUAACAUGGACCUGAACUUCCAGCUCUUCGACUCCGUCGUCCUCAUCCUCGCCAUCAUCGUCGUCGGCAACUUCCUUAGGGACGAAAAGUCGGAUUACCUCGAGGGCGCGCUGUGCGUGUUUGUGUACAUUUUGAUUGCUAUUACCGCUUUCUAUUACCCCAAUCCGCACGAGGUGAGCGUGGAGAGUGCGAGUGAGGGCUCUGCUAGGAGCUUGGGACUUGGUUGA